AUGAUAGCGAAGUUGAUGGAGGUACAAGAGAGGGAGACUUGUGUGGAGUCAGUCCUGCCAUCACCAUUUCAGACAACCGAGUAUUCAUGGGAGUUCUCGAAAUCCGUCGAAAAUGACGUGAUCUGGGUUUUCAAGUCUGAUGAGAUUCUUUUGGAUCUUUGUAAACCAGUUUUCGCCAACUCAGACCAGGCCGCCGUGAAGCAGAUGGCGGUUCAAAAAGUGAGUUCAAACGAAGAGAAGAAGAAGCAUUACCGAGGGGCCCGACAAAGACCAUGGGGCAAGUACGCGGUGGAGAUCCGGGAUCCAAACCGCAGAAGCUUCCGGGUCUGGCUAGGGAUCUUCAACAUGGCGAUUGGAGUAACUAAUGCUUAUGAUUGA